UGGCAAAGAAAAGCUUUCUACCCUGUAUGUAUGAUUGCAAGUGGCAUCUGGUCAGAGAUCGAGCCAAGAGAAUCACUUAUGGACCGCUACACUGAAAUAAUCAGGCGAGACCCUUUGCAUCUUGGGACGUGAUAUACAGACGAGCUGUGUGGCACUCCUUCACAAGAGCUAGAGAAAGAGAGAGUGUGAGAGAGAGAAGGGGAGAGAGGGAGUGAGAGAGAGAGAGAGAGAGAGAGAGAGGGAGGGAGGGAGAAAAAGCCAGGGUAGGCAGACGAGAGAGAGCGGAGAAAAGAAGUAUUUGUAGAUAACGGGCGAUUUUGGUUGAUGGGAUGAAACCAGCCAUGGAAACCACAGCAGAAGAGAACCAGGAGCUUAAACAGGAGAAAAGAGGUUGCUUCGAGUGCUGCAUCAAAUGCUUGGGCGGCGUCCCCUACGCCUCCCUGGUGGCCACCAUCCUGUGCUUCUCGGGCGUGGCGCUGUUCUGCGGCUGUGGCCACGUGGCGCUCACCGGCACUGUCACCAUCCUGGAAAAUAACUUCUCCACUUCGCCCAGUGAUCACGCUCUCUUGACUCACGUGGUCCAGCUGAUGCAGUACGUCAUCUAUGGCAUUGCCUCCUUCUUCUUCCUCUACGGCAUCAUCCUGCUGGCUGAGGGAUUCUACACCACCAGUGCUGUGAAGGAGCUACACAGCGAGUUCAAGACCACCAUCUGUGGGCGUUGCAUUAGUGGCAUGUUCGUGUUUCUGACCUACAUCCUGGGCGUGGCCUGGCUUGGCGUCUUCGGGUUCUCGGCGGUGCCUGUCUUUGUCUUCUACAACAUGUGGUCCACCUGUGCUGCCAUGAGGUCCCCGGGGGCCAACAUCACCUCCAUUGACUCCAUCUGCGUGGACGUCCGUCAGUACGGCGUAAUCUCCUGGAAUGCUACACCCGGGAAGGUGUGCGGCUCUGCUCUGGGCGACAUCUGCAACACCAGCGAGUUCUACCUGUCUUACCACCUGUACAUCGUGGCGUGCGCAGGGGCGGGGGCCACUGUCAUCGCACUGAUCCAUUUCCUCAUGGUCCUCUCCGCCAACUGGGCCUACCUUAAGGACGCGAGUCACAUGCAUGCGUACCAGGACAUCAAAACCAAGGAGGAGCAGGAGCUGCAAGACAUCCAGUCCCGCUCCAAGGAAUGCCUCAAUUCCUACUCAUAAGGAUCGCACGCUUGCUCCCCUCACAGGCCAGCCUUCAACACACGGCUAGCGAAACGCGCCGACUGCCCUCUCCCAGCGCGGUACUAACAUGGCUUCUAACAAACUAAUGUGUCAGUGUUGCUCCUCACUUUGGAGAAGAGUCAUAUUCAAAUGCCACAUGUGCGUUAGCAUGACUUAAAAACGUAUCUGAAUAUGACGUGCUUCUCUGAUACCUUCUGUUUCUUCAUUUUCUGUGUAGCUCUGUUGGCCUUGCCAGAAUUAGCUGGUGAAGCAUUGCACUAUUUAAACAGAAGGGACAAACGGCAUCGUCGCACCAUCUCCAUUCUAGCUUGGGGGCGUCUAGGCAGCUUCCAGGCUGCUCAGAUGUGAGGGGACGUACGAGAGGGUUAGCACAAAAACACUCGCCUUAUGAAAACAGAUCGGAAAGAGGGUCUAAAAUGAGUGCAGUGUGUUUCUAUUUUGUGCCGUUUGUAUUUGGUCUUGACUUUUAGGCAGAAAAAACUGUGGUGGCGUAAUUUGAUACCAUAGCUUUUUCAUUAGAGAUGUGCAUUUUGGGAAAUGUAGUUUGAGCUAAAGCCAUCUUCAGCAGUGACCACUUUUUUUUCCCUCUCAUUAAGCGGGUUGCGAAGCUUUGUAAGCUUUGCUCACACGCUUUAACUUACAUGCAGGACUAAUACCCUAAAUGAAGAAAAGAUACUCUACCUCAGGUAUAAAUGGUAUCAGGAUCACUAGCCCAUAAGAACUAGCGACAAAAGCUACAAAAAAAGCUAGUUAUAAAUAUCCCUGUAAGUAAUCUGAGCUCAGUACUGAAGUAUUGUCUGUAAAGUCAGUGAAACAAAUUUUGGCCUGCACUCUAAUUGGGGAAUAAACUAUGUAAGGGUAGACAUUUCCCUGUGUGGAAAAAGGUUUCCAUGCCAACACUGCAUUGAAAGAACUUCCUGCAACUUUUUGCACUUCGAUUUGAAGCGGGAUCAUUCCUGUUAGGGAAGUCUCCAAAGCUACCGUUUGUUUACCGUCUGGGGCAGUUUUGAGUAGUUCGGUGCACCGUAGUGCCUGAAUCGAAAGAGGGACUAGCGUGAAUCCUUUCAAAAAUGCUAAAAUGUAAUGGGAACUGCUGUUAAAUUCAUUCGAUGGGAGCCAGAGAAAAUUCCAAGAAAAUCCUAAAAAUUCCAACGCUGUUCGGAAAGUCUCCUGAAACAUAGCUCACCAGCUCUGUUCUAUUCCGGAGGAGGACUUAGAGCAGCAUGGAAAAAGUAGAUUAGUAACAUACAGCGUUCCGAUAACUUCAACUGUUCGGAGAGACAGGGUUUUCAACAAUGUUCCAGCGUUAUUCCUAGGAAUGCCAUUGAAUUAAUUACACCCUAGAACUAUUUGGUCACAUCUCAUAUACCGUCUCAUGAAAUACUUACACAUCCCACUUGGGAAGAUAUGGCCAAUAACUUUUACUGCUUCUUAGUGUAUAUUUGUAAAUAUGUCUCCUCACGGUGUAUCUAAUCUCAGUAUUAUUUUUUGUUAGAUAUGCUUUUAAUACACAAUGAUGCCGCAUUGAGAAUAUAAGGGAAUGAGUACAGAGAGAUGCAGCUAGAGCUGGAACAAGGGCUCGCUAUACCUGACCCAUUUAUGGUUACAUCCCUAAUGCUUUGAAGUUUUCUUGGGUUUGAAAAGAAACCGCUGAUAUCGAAGGUUCCCUCUUGAAUCUGUGUGCUCUGUAUGUUUCCAUGGUUAACCUAAGUGUGCUCAACUCCGAGACGGUAAGUGUGAAGUGUGUAGUGGGGGGUGAUUUUGGUGGGUUGAUGUGUAAAAUGUAAAGUCAGGAAUGCUUUGGAAUUUUUUUUUUUAUUAAACCAUGGCAGGAGAAUUUAAUGGGAAAAAAUGUUUUGAAUCCCUUUUUAAAAAAACUAUUUUUGGUAUUGUUUGUGCAAAGGUUAAAAUCCAGAUAAACAUUACAUGUACUGUAUGUUUUCUGUUCUAGUGACAAGACGUACAGGGAUAUUUUGAUGUUUAUUCAUUAUUGCAUGAAGGAGAAAUAACUGUUUCUGCAGUAAUUCAAGUUCUGUGUAGUCAUUUGUACUGACAAAAAUCUCGUAGGCAGUGUUUGCCCACUCCUUUUUUUAACAAAAAAAAAAAACCAUUGUGUGUUAAGUAGUAAAUCUAGUCGUUUGAUAGUCCACUUUUGUUUAAAAAAUAAAAAUCUAAAAUCUCUACAGAUCCUUUAUGCAGCUAUUUGUAACCUGUUCGUUAACCUUUUUUCUACGAGUGCCAAGGCGUUCCUGGCAGUUAUUGAAGUAGAAAUUAAACGCGUAGCUGAGAUCAUCCA